CGGCGGCGGCAGCAGCAGCAGCAGCAGCAACAAGUGCGGAGCGAGGGGAGGGGAGGCGCGGGCGGGCGGGGGAGGGCGAGGGCUGACGUCAGCGAGCGGAGUAUUAUGGUCUGGGCUGCGCUGGCUGCCGCCGCCGCCGCCGCCGCCGCUUUUCUGCUGCCAGCGGCCGAGUAAACAUGGAGCUCUCCGCCGUGGGCGAGCGGGUGUUCGCGGCCGAGGCCUUGCUGAAGAGACGCAUCCGCAAAGGUCGUAUGGAGUAUCUGGUGAAAUGGAAGGGCUGGUCUCAGAAGUACAGCACUUGGGAACCUGAGGAAAACAUUCUAGAUGCUCGUCUGCUUGCAGCUUUUGAGGAAAGGGAAAGAGAAAUGGAACUUUAUGGUCCUAAGAAACGAGGUCCCAAACCGAAAACCUUCUUGUUAAAGGCCCAGGCAAAAGCCAAAGCUAAAACCUAUGAAUUCCGUAGUGACUCUGCUAGAGGAAUCCGGGUGCCUUAUCCGGGAAGGUCCCCCCAGGAACUGGGUUCCACUUCCCGGGCGAGGGAAGGACUGAGACAGAUCCCCCUGCCCCCUCAAAGCAGCUCAACCACAUUGACCACCAGCCCCUCCCGAGUGGAGACAAUCCAGGAAAACAGGGUUGGGGCUGAAGAGGAGCGAUCUGAAGCAUCCUUAAAAAAACGAGGCCCAAAGCCCAGGAAAGAGCUUUACAAAGACCUGCCCGAGACUGCUGAUGUCGCCUCCAAGAGGAAGCCAGUGGAACCAGGGGACAAGGUGGUGGUGGAUUACCUGAAGGCCAGGAAGCUGGAGGAGGCUGCAAACCCUGGGGCAGCCAAGUUCAGUGCGGGACACAGUGUCAUCCAGUUAGCCCGGAGACGGGAGCCUGAAUUGCCCAGUACUGUUUCGAGCCCCAGAGUAGAAGGUGGCUUGAAGCUGGGAGCGCCUGAUCCUUACCCUCCUAGACUAACCAAGCACAGGGCCGAUUUUCUGGAUCCAAAGGGGCAAAGUGGUUUGGAACUGGGCGCCUCUAAGAUCUUACACAGCUCUGCAACCCAAGGCAGUUUAUACCGAGAGGGGCUUGGGACCCAGGCUGGCAGGCCUUCCCUCAUUGCUCGCAUCCCAGUCUCCAGGAUUUUGGGGGACCCUGAAGAAGAAGCUUGGAGCCCCUCUCUCAACAACUUGGAGAAAGUGGUUGUGACUGACGUGACAUCAAAUUUCUUAACAGUUACCAUUAAGGAAAGCAGCACAGACCAAGGAUUCUUCAAGGAAAAGCGAUGAACCCCCUUGAAGAAGAGGAGGCAUUUAAAGGGUUUGGCAGAGCUUCAUUGAUUUUGGAUUUUUUUUCCUGGACAGGAUUGAAAAAAAUCUGUCCUUAAUUAUUCUUUUAUUCCUUCCCCUUCACUACCAAUUUCAAUUUUGGUUGAAAAGAUUAUCUCUAGAGUUAUAUUUUCUAUUAGAUGUAAAUAUGUUAUUUAAAGAAAAAUACAUAUAUAUAUAUCUAUAUACAUAUAUAUAUAUUUCAACUCUACGUUUUUUUUAAUUUAAGGCUCUUGGAGAAGGUCAAACAAAGAACUGAUGUAUCUCUUGCCUCAACUGCAAGAGCAGGUGUAGAUAGCAAAUAACCUUAUUAGCUAAUUAUAAUGUCUUGAUUUAAUUUUUUUAUUCAAUUAUUUCUCCUCCCUUCCCUCAAAGAUGAUGUUGUUGGCAAAUAGGGGAUAUUGUGUUCAUCUGGGGUCCUUUAAAAAGUCUCCAGUUUCUUGAUUAUUAUAUUAUAAGGUAUUGCUUUGUACAAUCAAGUGUGCUGUAUACCCAACUGUUCUAGCUGGACAGCUGAAAGAAGCACUUGACUUUACAGUAUUGUCUUUCUUUUGUUUUGCUCCAGUUCAAGAGACAAAAAAAAAGUUGUUGGCUUAAAAUGUCCAUUAAAAACAGUUGAAACAUGUUUCAGCAAAGAAGUAUUAACUUGAAUGACCUUUUCUUGCAAGGGAGAAGGGAACUUGUAUGUUUUAAGAUUCGGAAGAGGAGUAGCCGCUGUCAUGCACUUUAAUACAAUUGUCGAGGGGAGAGGAAUGGGGAGGGGAGAGAGAACUGAUCAUUUAAGUUUAACUUAGUCUGAGUUUUUCCCCCUUAAGUCCAUCCCUGCUCACUCCAAAAAGAUAAUCUGUUUACAUUCCUUACAUGCCAGAAAAGUUUCACGACUCAUAUUUUAGGUGUUCCUGCUGUUAUACUGAAAGUGGAUUCUGCUCCCCGCCCCCCCCCCCCCACCCCAAGGAUUAUAGUUCUUUUCCAGCUCUGGACAAAUCUUUAAAAAGUGUUGCAUAAUGUAUCUCCCUCAUAAUUGGAGGUUUCCAAUCAGAGACGCAGAGAAAACAAACAACUCCUUUUUAAUAGCCAGUUAAUCAGCAAGGCAAGACCAGUUUCAAAGCAGACUUGUUUUCUUUCUUGGACUAAGUACCCCCCCCCCCACAAAAGUUUCUGCAGCAUGUUAAAAAUGAAGCAGUUCUUUCCCGCCAGUGCUAUGUAACCCCUUUCCUGCUUCUUUUAUGAAAGCAAUAGGGCAUCAGAAGUAUUUUAGACCAUCUUUUUUUUGUCUUUGUUCCACUUCAGGACAAUAUACGUUUCUUUUCCUAGACUUGCAUUAACCCCCUGCAUUAGGAGGGGAAGUGCAGAAUGGGGGGGGAGGGUUGGGGGCUGUUUUCAUUUAUGUAUAGCAGGUGCUGUGGUGUCCCAACAGAUAUUGAUUUAAGCAUCUCUUGUUGGUUCAAAAAGCACAAAUCUGCCUAGCAGCCCCUAAGGGCCCGGCAGGAGGAUGAGUGGCCUUCUCCAUCUUCCUUUGAAUGGCCUACUCGCUCUCUGGAGCCUUUUAAAGCAUUUUCUCACUUGGGGACGGCACAGGGGAUGGAAGCACAUGUGGCAUUAGAAGGGGGGGUGGAGAUAAGCAGGUGGGUGCAGAAAAGAGCGUUUGCUUUUCCUGGAAUCAAAUGGAAAACCUUUCCUCCCUAUGUUUGCUUGAUACUCCCCCCUCCCCGCCCAUUUCCAACCAGCUAUAUAUGGGGUGUGUUUUUUGUUUGUUUGUUUAGACUGUAUGAAGUUAGCUUCUUGUUUCCUUCUCUAGAAAAAAUGUCAGCGUUUUAACUUCAGUCAGUUCAAAGAAUUAACUGCAAAUGUGCUCAGCUCCUUUCAUAAACCUGCAAGAUGGUGGUGGGGGUUGUGUGUCAGCUCAUGUAUGUUGACGCGGGCUCCAUAGCCCUUUACAGAGGCUGGGGGGCAGAGGAGAGCUAUAGGCUAGGAGAAACAUUUUUUUUUUUGGUUGGAACAAAUCCUAAGUGGUGUUCUUCCCUCCUCAGGUGUCAAGAGUGGUAUAUGCCACCACUGAUGUGUGUUUCCAGACACACCGAUUGGUAUAUAAAACCUGGACAUACAUGUGGGUGUAUAUGUGUAUGUACAUAGUUACAUAUAUUGAAUGUAUGUGCGUGUGUGAGUUAUUUAAUUCUCUUCAAGAUUUGUAAAGAAAACCUAUAAUCAUUUGGCCUAACAGUCUCGAAAGUGAAGCUUAAGUAGGUGUCUUCUGCCAAUGUUGAAUGUCUAUUGCAAUACCUGCUUUUUAU